AUGGGGUGAAGACAGUGGACAAACCAAAAAUCCAAAAAACAGAAUUAUCUUCUUGAUCAAAAGGAAAAAGGAAUUUUCUGCUGAGUUUCUCUAGUUUGAGUUGUUGGGUUCAUUCUUCAAUCUGACUUGUGUUUCUCUGGUGAGUUAGAGGCUUCUCUCCAUGCUUUAUGUGUGUGAGUGUACGCUUUUGUUUUGUGCAAACGUCUUCACCUUCUUGCCGGGUUGCGGCGGUCUUUCAUAUUGUGAGCCAUAUUGAUGAGAGAAAGAAAGAAACAAUGCCGGAGGGAAUAACAGCUGAGAAUCUUUUGAACAACAUUGUGGAAUCUCUUUCUGAUGGUGGGCCGAAACAUAAAUCUGCAUCAUUCUUUCAAGAGGAAGGUGCUAGCUCUGUUAGUACUCAAUUCAAUAGGCUAUUUGGACGUCAGAAACCAAUACACCAUUGUUUGGGUGGAGGCAAAUCUGCUGAUGUGCUGUUGUGGAGAAACAAGAAAAUCUCGGCCGGUGUUUUAGUCAGUGCUACAGCCAUCUGGGUGCUAUUUGAGUGGCUUAACUACAAUUUUCUCUCACUUUUAUGCUUUGCUCUGAGCAUUGGUAUGGUCGCUCAGUUUCUUUGGAAAAAUGCUUCUGGGGUAAUAAACAGGUCGCAUUCUAAGGUUCCUCGUCUUGUCUUACCUAAUGACCUCUUCAUCAAUAUUGCCACGGCAAUAGGCGCUGAAAUAAACCAUGGUUUGGGCUUCCUUCAAGAUAUUGCAUGCGGGGGUGAUCUGAAACAAUUCUUACUGGUUGUAGUGAGCUUGUGGGCUGCUGGUAUCAUAGGAAGCUGGUGCAACUUCUUGACUGUUCUAUAUAUUGGUUUCAUUGCUGCCCACACGCUUCCAGUGCUAUAUGAAAGAUAUGAAGAUGAAGUUGAUGGUUUUGUCUAUAAUGCCCUCGAACAGCUACGAGGCCAUUACAAGAAGCUGGAUUCUGGUGUCCUCAACAAAAUACCAAGAGGCAACUUCAGGGGAAAGAAGCUUGACUAGAUCAUAACCUUAGUAAAUGUAAUCGAUCGAUCUAGUAGAAUGCCAACUUGUAUGCUCAGAAUACGAAACUCAUUAUUCGUGACAACUUUAGUCGAUCAAAAGAAAGAAGUGUAUUGGACCUUUGCUCACCUUAUGUAAAUGUUGUUUGAAAAUAAAUUGAGUUUCUGCAGAAAGUUUAAAUGGUACUCUUUUGAAGAACCUACAUGUGUGUAUUGUAACCAAAAAAGUCACACGUUUGUCCAAGUAUUAUAGGAGUAAUAUUAUGUCCAA